AUGUUUCAACCGCUGACUUUUUUGUUAGUGACUUUGGGUGUAAUUGCCGCGUAUGUUCCAAGAGGUUUGGAUAAUUGUAGAAGAGAUAUCAAUGUUGAGAAAGGGACUACUUUGUGUCACAUACGAACACUCGAAAAUAAUGCGUCGAAUCUUGUAUCAGCUCCUUCGGAAAGUACGAAACGUUUAACCGUUGAGUGCAAUCAACUGCUGCUUUUUGAAAGUUAUCUUGAAGCAAACUAUUUUCAAAGAUUUAUAACGUUAGAGGAACUAACGAUCGCGAACUGCAAACUUCUUCGGAUACCUGGCAACGCUUUUGAAGGAUUACGUGAAUUAAAAAAGUUAUCGAUAAGAUCUAAAAACUACGACUGGAGUCCCAACAAAAAUUUGGAGCUAUCACUUGGAACUUUUAACGGCUUACGUGAAUUACAGACACUCGACUUAGGACAAAAUAAUCUUAAAGUUAUACCACCUGAUGUAUUUUGUGCUUUAGAUAGUUUGCAAAUAUUAAAUGUUACCCAAAAUAGAAUCAAAAACAUUGACCGUUUAGGCUUUGGAAAAAAUUGUGGUUCAGGCCUUAGAAGUUUAGACAUUAGUUAUAAUGAACUUAAAUCAUUAAGCGAUGAUUCGGAAAUUUCAAGCCUUCGGCGACUAGAAGAGCUCAGAUUACAAUAUAAUAAUAUAAGUGAUAUCUCUAGUGAAAUAUUUAAUGGACUAAUAUCAUUACGGAUUUUGAAUAUUUCCCAUAAUAACCUGCAGUUAAUACCUGAGGGCACGUUCACAAACACGAAAGAGUUACGAGAAAUAUAUCUGAAUAAUAACCAGCUAUUUGAAUUAGCCAGAGGCGUUUUCCACCGAUUAGAACAGCUGCUUGUAUUAGAUUUAUCGAAUAAUCAACUCUCAAGCGCUCACAUCGAUGGCGGAACAUUUAUUGGUCUUAUACGCUUAGUCAUUCUGAAUUUAUCCAAUAACGCUUUGACGAGGAUAGAUGGUAAGACAUUUAAAGAUUUAUUCUUUCUUCAAAUAUUAGAUUUAAGAAAUAACUCGAUUGGAUAUAUCGAAGAAAAUACAUUUCUUCCUUUGUACAAUUUGCAUACCUUAAAUUUAGCUGAGAAUCGAUUACAUACGAUUGACGAGUUCCUUUUCAACGGAUUAUUUGUUCUCAGUAAAUUAAAUUUAAAUAAUAAUUUACUUAUUACCAUCGAUCAGAAAGCGUUUAAGAACUGUUCUGAUUUGAAAGAGUUAGAUCUAAGUUCAAAUCAAUUAAUAGAUGUCCCUUCCGCUAUAUGGGAGUUAUCACUUUUAAAAACUUUGGAUUUGGGGGAAAAUCAAAUAUCAGAUAUCAAAAAUGGCUCGUUCAAAAAUUUAGAUCAACUAACCGGUUUAAGAUUAAUUGAUAAUCAAAUUGGAAACCUUAGUGUUGGUAUGUUUUGGGAUUUACCGAGUCUUCAAGUAUUAAAUUUGGCAAAAAAUAAAAUACAAGCCGUGGAGAGAGGAAGUUUUACACGAAAUAAGCAAUUAGAAGCCAUACGAUUAGAUGGUAAUUUUAUAUCCGAUAUUAAUGGAGUAUUUUCAGCAGUCUUAAGUUUGCUUUGGUUGAAUUUAUCAGAAAAUCAUCUAGUAUGGUUUGACUAUGCAUUUAUACCUGGCAACUUAAAGUGGUUAGAUAUUCAUGGAAAUUUUAUCGAGCACUUAGGAAAUUAUUACAAAAUUCAAGAUGAAAUACGAAUAAAAACAUUGGAUGUGAGUCAUAAUCGCAUUGUAGAAAUAUCUCCAUUAGCAAUUCCAAAUAGCGUUGAAUUGCUAUUCAUAAAUAAUAAUCACAUAAACAAUAUACAAGUGAACACGUUUAUGGAGAAGCGCAAUCUUACUAGAGUUGAUAUUUACGCAAAUGAGAUAUCUCAUUUAGAUAUCAACAGCCUCCGGUUAUCGCCAGUCCCCUCAAACAAGUCGUUGCCAGAGUUCUAUAUAGGAGGAAAUCCGUUUGAUUGCGAUUGCUCAAUGGAGUGGUUGCCUUUAAUAAACAAUAUGACUGCUACGAGACAGUAUCCGAGAAUAAUGGAUCUUGAGAAUGUUUUAUGUAAAAUGACUCAUACUAGAGGUGUUACACAUAUACCGCUAAAUAACUUGAAAUCAACAGAUUUCUUAUGUACGUAUGAGACCCAUUGUUUUACACUAUGCCACUGUUGUGAUUAUGUUGCAUGCGAUUGCCAAAUGACUUGUCCCAAUAACUGCUCUUGUUACCACGAUCCGACCUGGCAUACAAAUGUAGUCGAUUGUUCCAGUCAAAGUGCUAUCGAAAUACCGGAAAAAAUUCCUAUGGAUGCAACCGAAGUCUAUUUAGACGGGAACGACUUUAAAGAAUUGCAAAAUUAUGCAUUCAUCGGCAGAAAAAAUAUGAGAUCACUUUAUGUAAAUUCAAGUAAAGUUGAAAAUAUACAUAAUAGAACAUUCUCUGGCUUAUCUUCACUCGUUAUAUUACAUCUCGGGAAUAACAAACUGGAACAUCUAAAUGGAUAUGAGUUCGAACAUUUAACUCAGCUAACUGAACUUUAUUUACAAGACAAUUUUAUCAGUCAUAUUGCUAAUGCAACGUUUUUACAUCUAAUCUCAUUGAAAAUUUUAAGACUAGAUGGAAAUAGAUUAGUUGACUUCUACAUAUGGAGUUUAACGAUGAAUAAAAACUUAAACAGUAUUUCAAUAGCCAAUAAUAUGUGGUCGUGCAAAUGUAGAUAUUUACAGAGAUUUACCGCAUUUAUAGCGGAAAAUGUCGGUAAGAUUACCGAUAUAGCUGAUAUUUGGUGUACAAACAUAGGAAGCCCUUCAUCGCAAAGGAAAGAAUUGAACCUUAAUGGUACAAUAUGUAGCGACUAUUACGCAAGUGAAUCAGGACUCGAUAACAUGUUAAUAUCUAAUUAUUUGCCAAUGAUGGUGACGUCGUUUAUGGGAUUUAUGUUAAUUUUACUCGUCACUCUUGUUACAUUCUUAUUUAGAGACACGAUUAGAAUAUGGCUUUAUUCAAGCUGUGGCAUAAGAUUUUUUCCAUUUGCCGGAGGUUAUGACGAAACUGACAAAUUAUAUGAUGCGUACGUGUGUUACAGUCCUAAAGAUGAUGACUUUGUUAUUCAAACUUUAGCUGCUGAAUUAGAAAAUGGAAGUCCCUCAUACCAUCUCUGUUUACAUUAUCGAGAUAUACCGCAACAUGGUGCUGCUUAUAUGCAGUAUACUUUACCACUACCUGAGGCAGCAGAAGCGUCCAAACGUAUUAUAAUUGUGUUAACAAGAAAUUUCUUAGAAACAGAAUGGUCUCGAUAUGAAUUUAGACAAGCACUACACGAGUUAUUAAAACCUAGAAUUUAUACUUUAGUUCUCAUUGAAGAAAGUUCUGUCUUGAACGAAGCCGAAUGCGAUCCGGAUUUAAGGCCAUACUUAAAAACAAGCUUAAGAAUAAAAUGGGGUCAAAACAAAUUUUGGGAGAAGAUACGCUAUGCGAUGCCCGAUCGGAGGUAUAAAUCAAAGUCAUCUAGUUUUAGAAACAAUAUAAAUUCUUACACCAUGCGCAGUGGAAUGCAAAAUGGUACGAUGAGAUCCUUUUCUUUUACUGAUAAGAUGCGGGGGUCCGGUGAUACUGUAAAUGCUACACCAGAGUUCAUAGAAAGUCGACCUCAACAUCCGCAGCCUUUGUACGGGUCGGAUGGAAGACCACCCUCGGACCACAUAUAUUCAUCGAUCGACUCAGAUUACUCAUCAUUAGAGCUAGGAGGAAAUAAUCCAAAUCGGAGACGAGACUUCAGGCAUUGGCCGCCACCGCCUCCUAUAAUUGACACUCAACAUUCGGGUCAAGCCUACCUUGUCUAGUCUACGCUUUUAAAAUAAAUAUUAAAAUCAUUUAAACGAAGCUUCUUGUGUAAAUUGUUAUAAUUGCAUCGUGCUUUAUCAAAUAAUUAAGAUUUUAAUCUAUUUUUGUAAUUCCUAGCCAUUCGAUUGGGUGUUGAUUUCUUAAAGUUGGUGUAAAUAAAUUCUAUAAGACUGCUGUAGAAUAUGUGAAUUUUGUAAAUAAUUUGUAAAUAGAUGUCUAUAUAAGUCACAGUAUACCUAUUUAUAUACUUUAAUAAAGCCAUUGUGAUAAUUUUUGCAUAAA